AUGAUUACCGCUGCUCGCAGACGUCUUCGCACAGAAGAAUCGUGGGUCGAGAUCUCGUCUCGACCAUCCUCAUCGUCAUCACUGGCAGCUCUGGCAGAUGGCCCAGGUCGGCUACCAGAUGAACGCAUUCCCCGUCCGUUGGUUCCCCGACGUUCUGUCACAGAACCACCGCGGUCAGCGUCAGCGAGCGCGGCCGGCAGCAGUCAGGAUGAAUACGAAGAUUCCUCAUCAGAAUCAGAUCGCGUACUAAGUAGUUCCAAUGAGGAACUCUCACGUGACGCUAUCUCUGACGACGAAGACGACGACAAUCGUACUGCCCUCGGCAUCCCUCCUACCGCAGUGUUUACACCUCAACCGAACGCCUUUUCUCACCCGCCCUCCAGCCGGCCAUCUCAAGGCUCAUAUUUCCCGCGUACUACAUCCGCUCCAAAUUCACACAUCCGCGACCGGCCUCUCCGAUCACGCCCCCACCUACAUCGUGAAAGGGAAAGAACCGGUAUGGCUUCAUCCUAUCAGCCUGAUCAUGACGCGGCUCUUCGCGCCAGCUUGACGACUCUACUCUCUUGCGCUGCCGCCGUACGUCCCAAACCAACCUCACCCGACACAGAUAAGGAGAAACUCGCCGAGCGACCCAUCCAUUCUCGCCCUUCCGCACAACCAACGAUGAUGCGCAUCAUCCCCGAAUCUGAACUUGACGGCAAUCGACCGGACCCACCCAAGGCCAACAAACGUCGCUCACGUGAGAGCAGCAAGGAGCGGCAGGCGAAGAAGAUGCGCGCCCAGAAAAUGAAUGCUGCGGCGUACAGCUACGACGACUACUUCAUCAGUCCGACGGUCGCAUCUUGGGUGAUCUCGGCUGGCAUGGUACUCGUCUUCUCCGCCAUUAGUUUCAGCGCUGGGUAUGCGUGGGGUCGCGAGGCCGGACGCAUCGAGAGCGAAAUGAGACUCACGGGGGGGACGUGCGGGAAGGAGGUCAUGAAGAGCAGCGGGAGCGGGUUACGCCAUUGGGGAAAGGCUAGUACGGUGAGGACUUGA